UUAUUUUUAAGAAAAUAUUAUAAAUUCCAUUGUGUUCGUCAUAUUAUUUUGUAACAUUCUUUUGUUAAAUAAGUGACGUUAAUAUGGCUGUUAUAUUUGACAUGUUAAAACCGAAAUUAGAAUUGAGUAAAUAAAAUUACUAUGGACUAUGUACCACCUCUACAAGUGGCAGAUAGCUACAACGGUGCAAGCCAUGAUAACUUCACUUGGUCCCAAAGUAUAAAUGACCUUGACGUGCUUGUGAACAUUCCUGACAGUCUGACGAGCCCUGGUGACCUCAAAGUACAAAUAUCAGUAAAGAAAAUCAAGGUCGAGAUUCGCAAAAAUCUUCUUGAAGCAGAUGUUGAUACUGACGAAUGGUCGGUAACCUUUGAAGGUCAUUUGACCUUUCCUAUCAAAUUACAUGAGUCUCUUUGGAGUUUAUUACCUGGGAAAUUUGUACAUAUUCAUUUAGAGAAAGUGUCUGAGAGAUGGUGGGAAGCUUUAAUUAUAGGUGAACCAAAGAUUCAAUUAGACAAAAUGGAUUGUUCUAAAGAUUUUAGUGAUCUUGGAGAAGAGGAACAAAUGAAACUACAAGAAAUGAUGUGGAAAGAAGUUAAAAAAUUUUCUGAAUUGAAUAAUUAUAAUAAUGCUAUUAAAAAGAAAGAAUGAAAUAAAUUAUCUCAGUGUAUUUAUAAAAUAACAACUACUUAGGUAUUGAUUUUAUCAAUUAACUGCAAGAUUAUAUUUCAUUUUAUUAAACUGCCUACGUAAGAAUUCUAAAUACAGGCAUUUGGUAAUUCAUUACACGUUAUACCUUGAUAAAAAUGUAUCAAGUGUGUAUUAUAAUCAACAGAAAAGUGAAUAUCUGAUCCGUAAAGUUAAAACCGUUAAUCUAAGAAUAUCUAGACAUUCCACUUUUUCAUUUUUCAAUCAACUUGAUGAUAAACUAGAAUGAUAGUUGAUGCGUACAAAGACUCUGGGUAUACUUGAGUAUACUCGAUUAGAAAGGAAAGAAAGUCCAGUUGAUUGAGGAAUCGCCAGUGAUGUUCAAUUACAAAAUUAGUCUUAUGUUUCAGUUGAAUACUUUUUAUUGUUUUAUGAAAAGAAAAAAUUCAAAAAACAUAAAAGAAUAGAAUGUAUAUUCAACAAAAGAUAAAAAUGUUAAAAUAUUCUGAUAUAAUUCACUUGAUGACUUGGAGGAACCAGCCUACAUAUAACAGAAGUAGAUGCGUGAGAAAUCAUCAGAAACUCUACUCUGAAUCUCUUCAAGCAUUUCUCUCAUUCAUGUUACGUCAGUGCAGCUGUUGAACGUAAGAGAUUGGCAUUCCAAAUACAUGGAAAUCCCUGCUUUUCCUCAGCAUUUGUACAAUGAAUUUAUCUGAGUGUAAUGGUUACUCGCUGAAGAGGGACAUGGGAGUGAAGUCUCAUGGAGCAGGUUUAAUUAGCAUUUUUUGAUAUGUUAAACUAUAAGAAAUAAUGCUGAAACAACUGAGAGCUGGAAAAAUUACAACUUGAUGAAUUUCUAAUGGAAAUAAUGUUUUAUAAUAAUUUUAUUGUGGCAUUUAAAAGUAAUAUUGUUAACAAGAGAAGUUGAGAACCUGCAUAGGUAAAACACAGGCAAUAUACCUGCUUCAGAGGACUAUUCAUCCCCACCUGCAAGUUCCCUCGCCUUUCUUCAGUUCUCCUUCGCUUCUCCCGUAUGGACGAAGUUGAGUUUCUGCUUUUCUCUAACUAGUCGUGCCGUUAGUGUUGUUGCUGAGAGAAUGGUAUAAUGUGCUACAGCGUGUUACAACAAUUGUGUCAGAUACCAUUUUAUUGACGACCUCUUUAAUUAAUUUAUAUUUAUCCUAAAUUAUAAUUUAUUUUACCAAAAAAUAAAUCAUAACAAAGGUAAAUAAAUCGUUAGUGAUAUAACUCGUGUAGCCACAAUCUGGCAACUGUUCUAGUGUUUACGGAUGCUCCACUCGUUACGAUUUCAUUUCUUCAACAUCGUUGAGUCACCAGGGCCAGGAAGAAAUAGUGUGGAAGGUGCUAAAGUUUGGUGCUAUUCUUGAUUAUAUUGUUUAAGUUGAAAAA